AUGAAAGUCCUACGGAAGCCGUGCGCGGAUGCCAAUCAGAACAUAUUGGGUCUGUCCGCCCGUUGUGCCAUGAAGGAGAAAAGCAAAAAUGCGGCCCGUUCGCGGCGAGAGAAAGAAAAUGUGGAAUUUUUGGAGCUUGCCAAACUGUUGCCACUGCCCAGUGCCAUCACAUCCCAGCUGGAUAAAGCGUCAAUCAUACGACUCACCACCUCGUACCUGAAAAUGCGACAAAUCUUCCCCGAAGGACUAGGGACAGCAUGGGGGACAGACCGCAACCAUCAGCCGAAUGGCCGUGCCGCGAACAUCAAGGAGCUCGGUUCACAUCUGCUACAGACACUGGAUGGUUUCAUUUUUGUCGUUGCGCCCGACGGAAAGAUCACGUACAUCUCCGAAACAGCAUCCGUGCAUCUUGGGCUCAGCCAGGUGGAGCUUACUGGCAACUCGAUAUAUGAGUACAUUCAUACGUACGAUCAGGAAGAAAUGGCAUCGAUUUUAACGCUACAGCAACCACAUCAUCCUUUGGCGUGCAGUGCGACACACAAUCUUUCCACAAGUUCUACGACCCUGAAUUCACCAAACUCACUUGGAACUCCUUGGACUGGGACAUUUCAAGUUGGGUCGUCAGCCACGGACUCUGGUUACAAUGAACAGCGAUCGUACGUUGUCGACAUGGAGCGCAACUUCUUCCUGCGAAUGCGAUGCGUUUUGGCAAAACGUAAUGCCGGACUCACCUCAUCCGGUUAUAAGGUUAUUCACUGUUCUGGCUACUUGAAAGCGCGUGUCUUUCCCCACGAAUCACUCAACACACCCGGGUACUGCUGUGUGCAAAAUCUCGGCCUAGUGGCCGUUGGUCACUCGCUGUCUCCAUCAGCGGCCACGGAAGUCAAAUUGCAACAAAACAUGUUCAUGUUCCGCGCAAGUUUGGAUAUGAAACUGAUUUAUCUGGAUGCAAAAGUUUCACAACUCACAGGAUACGAGCCCCAGGAUCUAAUCGAAAAUACGCUAUACCAGUACAUCCACGCCUCGGACGUUAUCCAAGUAAGGCAAACCCAUCAGACGCUUUUACAAAAAGGUCAAGCCACUACCAUGUACUAUCGCUUUCUCACCAAAGCAGGAGGAUGGCGAUGGGUGCAAUCACAUGCCACGAUUGUACACAACACGCGUUCUUCGCGACCGCACUGUAUCGUUAGCGUCAACUAUGUUCUGAGUGAUUUUGAAGCGCAAAAUCUUCAGCUGAACGAAAGUCAGGGCGCUAAAUCAUCGCUACGAUCGAGUUUUGAAAUGUUUAAUUUCACGCCAACAACUCAUCACCAUUCAGCUGCAUCUGAAGAAUGUAUGUCGGCGAAGGCUUUCAACGGGAAUCAGCAGCUGUCCCAUGAGCGUACCCAUGAGGAAUCUCUUCCCUUUAACCUGCCACCCGAACCUUUAGCCCCCAGCAUUGAGUCCUGCAAAGAGAUUGACAAUUUCCUCAAGUUUCAUCAUACGCUCGAAUCGAGCGAAAGUACUACGAUUGCUGAGCUGAACGGUAGUGGAAAUGAUGAUUCCUUUCUGCCCAACGAUUUGUGCUACGAUCAGUCGUCACAGUUUACAACUCAGACACAGCUCAGCUACCCGUUCGAGGACGCACAGUCCUUCACUUCGGGCGAGUUUCUGGAUCCCUUUUACGAGCAGCUGUACUCAACGUACGAGACGCAUCCCCCGGAUCGGGAUUUAAUUUUGCGCUCCUGCUCUGUUAGUACGAGCGGCUCGGACACAACGUAGCUGGAACGAGAAGAGAAAUUUCGACGAGAGUAUUCAUAUUAAUCCAGUGAUGAUGAAAAUUACCACACGCCAGUGCGAUCUUCCAGCUGCUUCUGUUUCUUUAUUUUGGGAAGAACUGAUCAGUAAGAAUCAUUUGAUCAGUUUAGUAAAAAUAAUGUAGAAAUAUUAUUCGAACUGUGUUUUUAAUUUUAAACAUAUUUUUAACACAU